ACUCGGUGCGAGACUCUAGAUCUGGUCGCUGUCUGCUCCCUAAAGACCAUGAACAAGGAACGGAUAUUGAGUAGGAACGGGCAACUCGGAGCUUCCAUCAGGGCAAUUGUCCCACUUAGGAUGGAAAAUCCUAGCAGGCUUGAUGGAUGUGGUGUGAAUUGCACUGGCGACACUACAAAGCAGGGUGCUUCUCCCCAACAACCAAGUUCCCGAAGACCUUGUGGACCAGAUAAGCACAAAGUCCUGAGUUUUGAGUGGUCUUCUUCCUCAAGCAGGACAAAUGACACCAGAAAUUUCAAUUCCUUGGUGAAGAAUUGUCAUUCUUCAAGAAGAAUGUUCUGGGAUGAGAGAUCGAGCCCCUUAUACGAUGACAUUAUUGACCAAGGCAUUCCACUAUCUGCACUUAACCAAACAACAGCAGUUAGCAACCAAGAUAAAAAUGAUAACCUGUCAAUAGGAGUUACUCCAACAAGAUCGCAUACAUUGGGUGAUAUGGACACAAUGGAAAAUUAUUGGUUCCUGGCUUGUAAUCAAGAGACUUGCGGUGGCUUCAAACCAUCCAUCCAACAUGUGCUUGGAGAAAGAGCUCCAGUUGGGAAUGACAGCAAAUUGGCCCUUGAUCGUUCGAUCAAAAGACGGAUCUUGCAAGAGAAGGAAAGAUCUCCCGUGGCAUCAAUCAGCGCUUUCCCCCCUACUCCACCUGGAAGUCCAGUAGCCCAACGGCUGGAGCGGAGUCAUUCUCCUGUGAACAAAUUGGAGAGGCUUAAAGAGCGGAUCAGGAGACAGAGGAAUUUGGAAAAAGUGGAGGGGACUCUCUCAAACAGACCACAUGCAGAGCAACCUAUCCCAGCUCUCCAAACGAAGUUUGGAGACCCUUUCAGUAAUGGGUCAAUGAAGCGUUGGGUCAGGAAGGUGACCUUUGCCCCCCCUGCACCAGCCUAUAAAGGUUUCAAUGCCAUUGAGUUGGCGUCUGACAAGAAAUUCUCAAAACCCCAGGCGUUUGGAGAGGCUGUUUCAGUGAACUCUCAGUCCAGUCGGCGAGCAGUGAUGCGAGGCAGAGAUUGGGGACAACAACAAAAUGCAGAGGAGAGAAGAAACUACCUGAAAACCUCCAUUAAGAACUGGGAGACAAAUCUCCAAGCUCAAAGCCUCUCCAAGCCACCAAGUCCAAAGAGAACUGUGAAAGAUGAAGCUGAAUCCCGUUCUUCUGGCAUUUUUGCAUGGAGAGAAGGUCAGAAAUUGGUGAGAAUGUUGCUUGGUCCACCUCCUAAAUGUCCAAAUGUCCUGACCAAGGAUCUUGAUCAUGAUGAAAGGAACGAUUGUGACACAUCAGCCGACCAGCAAGCGAAAGACCUAGAGGAAUACAAUCCAACUGCUUCACUUGAAAGGAGUCCCAGAAGAAGACUUUGCAUUACAAAAGAGGGUGAUCAUAGCUGUACUUGUGUUAAAACUGGUCUGUCAGACUCCGAGCAGCUCGUUCCAGAGGUAUUGCCAUUGACUGGAAUCUUAGAUGGUUUGGAAUCUCAAAAAGAUGUUGGAAAGAGUCAAAGUUCUACUUUGAAAAUGGGAAAUGACGGUCCAAACCGUAAACAAGAACAUGGUGAAUGUAGUUGCAGGGGACUUGUGAGUCCUAAGAAACAUGGCUAUUUCAUCUGUCAUAAAGACAAGCCAAGAAGUCCAAAUUCUGGUCCCACCAGCCCUCCAAGAUGUUGUAGCCCUCGAUUGGGAUCACGUCCUGAAAGCAAGAGACAUUUAUCGCCUUUGAAAAGCAGGCUGCGUUCCUUUAGCCCAUCUCCAAACCAUCCUGGAGUCAGAAACCAGAAGGGGGGAGGAGUGGGGACUGAAGAGCGCCGACGAUCGCCACAGGCCCGCAGUUACAACGCAGACGAGGUCCGUGAGUAUAUGAACAGGCAGUUGGCCGAGCACAAGAAGAAGGAGAGGGAAGAGAAACGCUCAGUGAAGCACGCUAUAGAGAUGAGGAAGAAAAGACUGCAGGAAGUCUACAGGAAGCAAAGAGAGGCUCUCUCAAAGAAAACAAGAGGGAAACAGAGGAGCAGUUCAUUGGGUGCAGGGGAAAAAUCUACAAAACAAGUAACGAGAGUGGGUGCAGCUCAAGUGAUUAAAGCUCAGGCAUCAGCUCAAGCCAACACAGAGCCUGGAGACUUCAAGGAAAGCGGGAUAUAUCGGUGGGAGCUGAAUGAUACCAAGAGACCAUUCCACCAUUAUCUAUCCAGCAAAUAUAGCCCGUUGAGACUUCAAGACUUGGAAUCAUGUCGACACUCUCAAGAGUGUUCCUCCCCACCAGCUCAGCUUUCACGGUCCAUUGAUGAGCUCCUGCCUCUGGCACACCGUGAGGGGGAGAUGAGCUGUAAAGCCAGUAGCAUGGGCUACAAGGACAAGCAGCAACGUAUCGAAGACCUCUGCUCCAUGGCAACAGCCCUCAGUGGCCGCAUUGAGAACGAAGCUCGAAGGCUGGGUGUGGAGGCAGAUGUUUGGAAAAGACCCGGGAGCCAAAGCUGGGACAAAGGGUGGGAGCGGGCCGAUUUGCGUGGCUUCACACGAGCAGAUCCUAUGGGCAACUGGACUGACCACAAUGACCCGAAGCGGCAGCUUGUCCCAAGCCCUGAGCCAGUCCCGUCACCACGGGUCUCACUGUGUGACUUCCUACCUGCCCGACAUCAAGAGUGGGAAGAGCAACAGGGAGCUGCUGUACCCGAGGACGAGAUGGUGGACGAGAAACUCAACUUGCAGGAUGACCAUCCCGAGGAUGGCCUGCUGUGCAGCUCCUUGUUGAAGAGCGAGUGCAACAUCCAGUGGAGUGACUCGGAAUCUUUGAUGGAGCGUGGAUUGUGCAGUAGACCCAGAGUGAUAGAUAAUGCCCUGACAGGGAAGCAGAAAGAGAUAGUUAAUAAAAGUACCGGUGUCCAGAGAUUCUUCAGCGAACUGGACCAAGAAGCAACAAGAAAUGUCAAAACUCAUGAGCUCCCUUUUGAAACAGUCCGGUUUGAGAACAGAUUCCCAAGUGGAAGAACUUCUCAGGAAAUGAGUGGAGUGCAAGAUGCCAACAAUUUGUCCCUGGAAUCACUGUGGUCCCCAUCCAAGACAACCUGUAUCUCAGCCUCAGGAACAAAGCAGACCGACAGAAGGAAGGAUUCUGGCUAUCAACAUUACUUAAGAUGCCAGCCGAUUGCAAGUGACUCCCUGGAGAUGAGGAAGGAUUUCUCACUGACAGGAAAAUGUCAUUGGAAGAACAGGCAGUUGCACAAUCCACAGCGACUGUGCUCAGCUAUAGUUGAAGAGAACUAUAACCUUGUGAGCAUACAGUUUCCGAGAAGCCCUGGUCUCUCCUCAGCACUGGAUAAAAGGUCUUCAGACAGGUCCGAACUCUCAACCAGCUCCAGGAAAACCACCACAAAGGAUUUGGGAAAGGGAAAGGAAGACCUUAUGACCCAGAGAUUGUCUGAAAUGAUGAAGGAACUCCAAGAGGAGUCUGACCAAUUAAGGGCACACAGUUCUCUGAAAGAAAACUCUUCAUCAGAGCUGAAGGGGUCCCCUACAAUGACCCCAGUGAUAAUUGGGACCACCAACCAUCUGAGGAGCAACACAAAGAGGAGAGCAGAUGUAGAGAUUUCACUGGAUGGGAAAGAAUCGGUCUUGGGGAGUACCCACCCAUCACUCACUGAUGGAAUGUUGGUGAAAGAUAUAUCGGUGGAACAGUCCUUUUGGUCCCUGCUACCUUCUGAGAGUCAUUGGAGACGGACGCUGGAAAGUAAAAAGAAGUCACAGUCUGGUGAUGAAAUUGCACGGAAUGUAACAGAUGAUGCUUUUGGAAAGUGGCAGGAAUCAGGCACGUCUAUCUUUGGCAGCCCAGACGCUUUCAGCCGGUUUACGCUUGAGAUGGCUCAGCAGUACCUCAAGGAAGAGGAACUUCGAGCCAGACACCAAGCAGCUCUAUUUCGACUAAGGGAGAGAGCACUGAGGGAGAAAACCAAGGCUGAGCUGGCCUGGCUGGAGCAUCAGAAAACGUUCUUGACGAAGAAAGAGAAGGAACUGGUGAAGCGCCGGCGACAAGCGGAGGAUUUGCUGGAGUGGAAACAACGCUGUGACGAAGAGGAGCUGGCUCUACAUAGGACUGAGUCAGAAAUUGUUGCUCCCUGGAGUCCACUGGCCCAGGAGAUAGAUCCAGGCAAAACAGAAACCGAUAACUGGAACCAUGAGGAAUGCUCACACUCCAUCGAACCAAACAAAUCCCUCAGCACCAAUGAAGUGGUGACCUUGGCUACAGUUGCCCCUUUGGAUGAGCAUUGUCAAGGGCAACAGAAUGUGAAACCUCCUGCAAAAAGCUCGGAGCAGAGGCCUGCAAUGGUUCCAAAACCUUCUGAAAAGUCAGCAAUCGAGGUGGCCAAGAUUCAGUCAGAGAAAGGUUUACUUAUCACUGAGACAGCCCAGAAACAAGGUGCUGGAGAAAACCGGAUAUCCCCACUGGAGUGUGAACUGGCAAAUGGGAAGGCGAUGUUGGGUGACCUGCAGAGUGAGCAGAAGAGGCGGCGAAGGGAAAGGUUAAAGAUGGAAGAAGCUGAUCUGUGCAGACAGCUGGAGGAGUACGACGCCUUCAUCAGUAAGACAAAAGCUGAGCUGAUUUCAGAUGCUGAGUUUUACCUCAUUUCAAAGCCACAAAUUAAAGCCCCUAUGGCAGUGCUGCACAAGCCUUUCCCUCAGCUGCUGAGGUCUAACAUUCUGAAACAUCCAGCAAAACCUAGUGCUGAGAUCCUUCAAUCACAAAACGUACCUUCAAAGCAGGGUGAAAAGGCUAAUGGUGUGGAAAAGAUAUUGAAACCACAAGAGGCAAUAGGAUCUGUUGAUGUCAGCUGUCCACUGAGUAAGUCUCAGAUUAGUGACCAACCAUCUCAGUGUCCUGUGUCCCAACUUCUACCUUCCUCUGUGCCAGAUGAUGGGAAUCAGUGUGCGGAAAGCCAAUUGGAAAUGCUUACUCAUUGUGGGUCUGCAGAAUCAUCACAAAGUUCAGACAUAGUUAUUGAAUCUUUAGACUCAUCUGACAACUGCAGGGAAGAAAUCUUGUGUGAUAGCAACUCAGACAAUUCAGCUUGCAAGAGGACUAAAGACACUGAUGACUCUUGGAGUGAAAAGUCUUCUAUUCUACUUGAGACAGAAGGAAAUGUGAUGAUAUUAUCAUCAAAACCAACAGGAUCAUUGAUUGGAAGGAAGCCCCAGUUGCAACUCCAUGAUGCCUGGAGUAAUGUCGCUCCCCAAGCAGCAGAUAAUUUAUCGCAAGCCUCUGCUCACCACUUACUGAGUAACACAAUCAGCCUGGAAGCAGAAGAAAGAAUGGAACAUGAAAAUAUACAACCAAAUUAUGUUGUCAAAAAUUCAGAAAUCACCAAAGAUUGGUUUGGAUUGCCUAAUCAUUCUGAAAAUGUCUCCAGCUUCAGGCCUGCAUCGACCCUCCAGACUUCAUUGCAGGCCCCAGUGGCACAGAAUGAAAUGCUUAAACCUGAAAUAGUGGUGGAGUGUGAAGAAAUGAUGACUGCUGGACUGCCCUUUGGAAAGGAUGGUAAUUUCUGGGAACCAACUGCAACUCCACUUUCCCUGAGAAGCAGGCAUUACCUGCACAAGAGUGCAGCUUUAGCAACUGCUCAAAUGGCUCCAGGCAGCUGGACUGCAGAGAUUAUUUCACCAGUGCUCUCCCUACCAGACGUGCAUGACUAUGCCAGCACUGAAAAAAACUUGAAGGUCCAAGGCUUGGGUCCAUUAUCCAAUGAAGUGAUACAGUCACCUGCAAGUGAUACUUUGUGCACAAAUGGCAAUUCACCAUCUUUAUUGGAACAAACAAAUCUGUUAAGAAGUGAAACAGUUAAAGAAAUGGCCCCGCAUAGAGCAGAGAGGUCACCUGGGUCUGAUGAUAUUGCAUCUGAAGGUGAUGAGUUGCUACCUUUGAGUGCAAAACUGAAAUUACGGAGUCCCAAAAUGUUACCUCCAGUCUUAAGGGAAUCCUCAAGCAAAGAAGAUCUGUUUUCACUGAAAGGAAUUGGCUUAUUGGCUCAGGGGGAGCAGCCAUCUCUUGUAGAAGAAAUCUCACCUGUAAAUGAGGAGCUGCUAUCUUCAGCUGAGGAAGACAGCAUCUUCAAUACAACGGGCUUAAGCUCUCCAAUUUAUGAAUUAAUUUUAUGUGAAAGUGAAGCCUUUCCCAUUCCAGAUGAAGCUGAUAGUGCUAUUGAAACUGAAAACGUUCCUCAAUCUCCAGGAGAAAAUAUUUUUUGCAUCAGCAAUAAGCUUCCAUCUUCAAUUAGAGAAAAUAUCUUUGAUAGAACUGAAGGCCUACAACCGCUAUCUGUUGGUAACUCUUUGCUAAAUGAGAAGUUACCAUCUUUAGGCGAAAAACACAGCUUGGUGAAUGCUGAUAAUUUCACUGCUUUUCUUCCUCCUCCCAUUGAAGCAGCAGGUGAAGGGAAGGUCAAUGCUACAACAGAGAAACUUGAGCACCCAUUAAAAAUAAGUGGAGAGGAAACUGGCACACAGUUGGAUGAGGAAAAUCUUCUUUUGCCUGAAUCAUUAGGAAUUCACAUACCUCGAAAGGACCAACAAAUGGUUGAUCCUUUAAAGGCUGAUAAUGUUGGAGACCAGAUGCGAGCAAGCCAUGGAGAACCUGAUACCUUACAGUGUGAAAGGCAUACAUCAUUUGACCAGGGUGGCUGUGCUGAUGUAGAAGUGACUAUACCAAAAGGUGACUAUGAUGGAGUCUUCUGGGGUGUGAAGUGUUUUAAAUGUAUGAAUAAUUUUGGCAGUUUUAACACUCAUGGCAAUCCAUGGGUUGAUUAUGAAUUUGAUGCAGGUGUCACAAAUGGCGAAGACUUAUUCUGUGAUGGAGUAUGUGAGCAAAAGUACAAAAACCUGGACAAUGAAUUGAAAGAAGCUCAUGGCUUUGAAGAAAUAUCUGAAGAGAAGGAAAAUGAGAAGGAAGAUACUUACCAGCUGAAGGUCAAAAAGCUAUAUUCCUGCCAACUUGGCCAAGGAGAUCCACAUCCAAGUGGUAUUGAUGAGCCUGCACUGGAACAAAUAAUUGUGGAAUGUGCAAAGGCAGUGGAGUCAUUUGUUGGUUGUCAAGAUUUGGUGGAUGCCCAAGUGGAACAAGAUUUGCAGUUGGACUUCCAUGCCUACUUAGAAGGCUUGGACCACUCAUGGGUAUUGCAACAUCCUCGGGGUAAGAGCAGUGAACAGUUGGUGAAUGAAGUUACAGAACAUCUCAUGGAAUAUCUGGUGGAAGAAACUUUGGCUGAAUUGACUGGGAUCAGACAGCAGCAAAAUCAGAGCAGCAAAAAAACAAGGGGAACGAGGCUCGAUGGGCAUCAAAACACUCAAGACUUUAUUAAACUUGCUCAGCAAAACAGUGGACCACUUAAAGGGCAAAGAGAUCAUGACAAAUCCUUCAUGAGUGUUCCUGACCUUUCAAGAAUAAAUUGUAUACAGCUGAAAGAUCCAAUUAGAAUUGCAAAGGAUGGCUGUCCUGAAGAAAGAAUUGAAAAUGUGACUGAAAAUUUAAUAGCAAAAUUGGUGGAUGAUUCAGCAAAGGAAUAUGCCCAAAUCAAGAGGAAACACCAUGGAAAAUUAGAUGCAAAUAAUAUCUGCUGUCCUCGGACUGUGGUGAAUUGGACUCCACUUGAUGAGAUGUUUAACAUGGGUACUUUUGGAAGCAGCCAGGAUGUCAGCAGUGAAAAAUACAAAGGAUUCCAGCCUUUCUUGGACAAUAAAACGCCAGGGCAAAGGUUUGCAUUGGACCGGUGGUGCUCAGGAACUUGUAGGAAGCCAAAGGAAACUGUUUUUGCUGCACCUUAUAACCUCAUGGAAGUUCAGCAGUUGGUUGACAAAGCCAUCAAUGUCCUGUGGAACCAAUGUUGUCAUGUUCAAGAUUACAGCACGACUAAUGUGUUUGAGGAUCGAGAGCAGACUGAUGAGAAGGAUGGUCAUACUGAAAGCAAGGGAGUGCACGAGCAGGUUAUUUUUGAUUUGACUUCUGAUCUUUUUCAAAACUUCUUAAUGAAGGAGCUAAUGUCCAAACCAUAUCCAUGGCUGAAACACAAGUCCUGGGCUGGACUCUUAUCUGGCCUUGUUCCUGAUACACAGCAGCAAAGGCAACUGAAGUCAUUCAUCCAAGGCAAAGUGGCCAAAUUACUAAAUCUGGACAGAAAUGACCUGGAAAUGAGGGAAAAGCUCCAGAAACUGACAAAGUAUUGCAAGAGCAAAAGGGACCGGGUUGACAUCAUCCUGAUUCAAGAACUCGAAGAGGAAGAGAGCCAGUGGGUUCAAUAUGCUGAUGAUGAACUAACUGUGAAGCUGAAGCUGACUGAGGACAUCUUCAACAUCUUGGUUCAUGACACUGUGGAUGUCCUCAACACCAUCUGUGACAGAGGAUCAACAAGACAUUCUCUCACCAUCUCCAGUUUUACACACGGCGAGGGAGGAAAAAUUUGAGGAAAUGUCAACUGAAGACACAUCCUGCAUUGUGUAACUGGUAAGAACGGUAAUGCUUGAGUAAACCAAUUCUUCUUUCUCCCUCACCUCAUGCCUAGAGACAGAUAAAACACUCGCUUACAUGUGGUUUCCAUGCCUAGUUUCUCAUGGAACAGAUAGCCAGCCUGUCACCAGACGCUGUAUCGUCACAGACGCCAUUCUGCAUCAGGCAUGGCUGAGCAAGAGACUCUCUAACUCUUUCACCUGGCACGGGCACAUUGGACGGAUUUACAGGCUAAUAAUCAACCUGUUUGGCCACUUUAGGUACGCGCAUUCUGUGGUCAUCAAGUCUUAGACUACAAUUCAAUACAUUAACCAUAAACCUUUGAAUGUCUUGAAACAGAAGUAUUUUACCAGCUUAAAGGACAAAUGUGGCACUGUGUAGGAACACCAGUUUCUGCAUGUCACACAAGGACUUAUGGAUAAAUUGCCUUUCCAUUUUGCUGCCAUUGGAUUAAAAUUCUGAAAGCCACUAACCAACAGCAAUUAUCACCUCAAACCGUAGAAGAAACUUCAUCAACACCUUUUAUGAUGGCACUUGGGAAUGGUGAAUAAACAAUGAACUUGCCAGCAAUGCACUGUUUUUCCUACAUAUUCAUUAGAUAGGGGAAAGAUAUUUCGGCAGAUAAGUUCUUUCCAAAGAAUCACUGGUUGUUGAAAAUUUGAUCAAUUGAGAGGUUCUGAUAGUUGUUCAGUAUAGAUGGAACUCUACCUCAGCAAACAAUGUGAACCCUCAGAACUGACAGGAGGGGAGAAAAUAGUAUUUUCCAAAAUGCUUGGAACUUGCAACUGAGAGGGUAGUUGAGGCAAGAAGUAUGAAUGCAGUUAACAAGAAAUUGGAUAAACAGGGACAAAGGGAUAGAAAGAUAUGCUUUUAGGGUUAGAUGAAAAAUGGUGGGAAGAGGCUUAUGUGGAGCUUAAAAACCAGCAUGAAUGAGAUGGGCUGUAUGGAUGUUUCUGUACUUUACAUUUUGUGUAAUUCUAUGAGUUGCCAGUGGGAGAGUUAACAAGAAGAGAGGGAGAAGUGUAUGUUCCGGGUAAACUUACAGAAAUAAGAAAGGGAGGAUCAUAAAUUUGUGGAAGAGACUGGAAUGCUGUGAAGCAUUAAACAUUGCACCAUCUACGAACACAGCAAACUUUACCUCCACCCUCACCCACACCCCAGGCCCCAAGAAGAGCUUCCACAUCAAGCAGAUGUUCAC